AUGUGGAUUUCGGAGUACCUGACAGAUUUAUCUCUGGCCGGAGAAGAGAUAGCUGAUUUUCAGAGAACAAAGGAAAGAGAAGAGGAUAGACAUGGCUUGGACAUAUACUGUGUGGCAGACACUGUCAUGGCACUGGGCGUGAUGUUUGGUGGUUCCGCAGUUGCUGUCUGUGUUGGAAAGAGGAUGCAGCCAUCUCAGCCCCCAACAGGGAAGGGUGGAAAAUGCUGCACUGUGCAUGGACUCACAAGGAGGAUACAUAAUGUACAGCCGAACCUGCAAUCUCCUAUUUUGUCAGCUGCUUGUGUUGAUUAA